AUGGCCCGACAUUUAGACGAUAUACGUGUAUUUACAAAAUUAAUGGGAUUUACUUUAUCUCAUGUUAUGGGCGCCUUCAAAAUAUGGAUCUGGUAUUCAAAAAGUAAAGAAAUUAAUGAAACAGUUCACUUAAUUGAAGAUAGUGAAAUAUUUAAAUAUGAAACUACUAAAACAUUUGAAACGGACACGAUUACAAUGGCAGCCAUAAAAAAAAGUCGUUUUGUUACUUGGGUUGAUUUUAUUUUAGGAACUGCAUUACCAAUAAACGCUUCUAUAAUUGCUUGGCGGACACCUGCUUUUGAAUAUGUGAAUCCAUCAACAAAUACUACAUUACAAUUACGAACGUUACCAUAUGAUACUUGGUUUCCUUUUGAAGCACGAACAAUGCCAUAUUAUCCAAUUGCAUUCUUCUAUCAGGCAGUUUGUACCCCUCCCGAUUUCCAUUGUAGGUCUGAUCACUUAUACGAUUCACCUGAAGUUGAACAGAAAAUGACAGAGGGUUUGAAGAAAUGUAUAAUACAUCAUCAAACAGUUAUCGAAAUGACAAAAUCUGUGGAUAAUAUUAUACGGUUUUUAUUGUUCGGACAAUUUUUUGCAUCCAUGUUCAUUUUAUGUACAAGUUUACUAUCCUUAUCCAUUAAUAAAGUCGGUAGUAUGCCAUUUGUGAAUGAGGUCUCAUAUUUAUUGGCUGUGUUAUUUCAAUUAUUUGUAUAUUGUUGGUUUGGUAAUGGAAUUACGGAACAGAGUUCGAGUGUGCUACAAGCAUUAUACGAAUGUAAUUGGUUUUCAUCACCAACCAGUUUUAAACGAUCACUAUUAAUUAUGAUGAAUCGUACACAGCGUCCGUUACGAUUGAAUAUUGGAAUAUUUGCACCAUUGACAAUACAAACUUAUGUUACGGUACUUCGAGGUUCAUACUCAUAUUUUGCUGUAUUAAAACAAACUAAUUUACCUCAAGCGAAUGUGGAUGAGUAA